AUGGCAGCUCUCUCUCGAAAUCCUGUCCAAUUGACUCCUCAGGACUCAGUCGGUUCAGACACAUCCACUGUUAACUCAGACAACCCACCUCCCUCGACUCCUCCUCCGAAGAGCAACCAGGCAAAGGCCCCGUCUCCGAGCGAUACAUCUCCCUCCUCUCACAGCUCCGUGUCGACUCACACCCAGUCACCUCAGAGUCUCAGCACUCCGGGCAGCUCGUUGCCAUCCUCUCCCACCGUUUCCCGCAACCGCCAAGCCAUCCUUGAUGCACGCGCUGAACUCAUCGACUCGACUCUUUACCUAGCGGAGCCGUCUACGAGGGAUGCCUGUGACUGGACGCGUGUCGGCACUGCUGAUCUUUUGACCGUGCAUGGAGAUGGGGAUGCUAUCGAGCCCGCCAUCAUCACUUUCAUCGGUGUUAUCAGCAGCCGUAACUUCUAUCUUUGGGCCGAUGGCGGAGUCACUGAAGCAAGGGGGUUUACUCGCAGUCUUGCAGACGCCACCGCCACCUGCAUCGUAGAGAAGUCUUUGGUGUCUCCUGUUUCCGCAGAUUUUGUGGCGGCCCUCAGUACGCUCGAACACUUCGAGUCUCAGAUCAUCACGCAUGGCUUCACGAGGAAACCCAUGCGCGUCGCUGUGGCGGGCAGUCCUGUCUGUGGAGUCAGGCUGCGACACAGACUAUUCCAGGAGCGGACUACCGAAUCAUCGACCAGUCACGACCCUCCGCUCCCCAGUGAAUUCCAAAUCUCUCAAUGGCCUGUCCGAAGUGCAUGGGCUCAGGCUCAGCUCCAAGCCAUGAAGGACACUCAUGACGUCAACAUUCUGCCCGCCUACGACGUGCAUGGCGACCUCAUACCUCCCGCAUCCUACGCUGACAAGCUUUCCGGUGCCACCUGCGCUAUCCAGUUCCGUGUCAGCCAUUGGCCCAUCUCAAAGAAGACCGAGGAUACAUUUGUGGGCGACAUCGAGAAGAUUGAGGUCCUGGUCGAGCCCGUCGUUAUCGCCGCCGGGAAGCGUAAACUUGCGCUCACCUCCUCGCCUUCAAAGCGCGCGAAGGUUUAA